AUGGCUCAAAUCAGUGGAUCGAAAUUAUCAAGUGAAUUGGCUGAGAUUGACGUGGAAUUAGAGAAAAUCAAUGAAGAAAUUCGAACGUUAAAAAAACGAAAACAAAUUUUGCUUGACAAGAAGCUAACGAUCGAAAGGCGUAUCGAGGAGAGAAAUGAUACGGCUAAUGAUGAUAUAUCGCACUGGGAAAGUGAUACAUUUCCAUGGUCAUCUCAGUCUUACGCUGUUCUUAAAAAUGUCUUUAAACUCGAUCAUUUCCGACCACUUCAAAGGUCAGUGAUCAAUGCGGUUUUAUCGAAGGAAGAUGCCUUGAUUAUAAUGAGCACCGGAGGCGGAAAGAGUCUUUGUUAUCAACUACCAGCUGUGUUGCUGAACGGAAUAACACUGGUCGUGUCACCACUGAUAUCGUUGAUUGAAGAUCAGUUAAUGCAGUUAUCAAAAUUAGGUAUCGAAUCAGCAACACUCAACCAAUCAACAUCUCCACAAGAAGCGACUCGAAUCCAGAAAGCUCUGAUCGAUUCCACUUCUUCGUUUCGUUUGUUGUAUGUAACUCCUGAGAAAUUGGCGAAAAGUAAGCGUAUUAUGAAUCGACUGGAGAAGUGUGCUGAAUUAGGUCGACUUAAGGUGAUUGCAAUUGAUGAAGUGCAUUGUUGUUCACAAUGGGGUCACGAUUUUCGACCAGAUUUCAAGUUUUUGAACGUUUUGAAACGUCAAUUUAAAGACGUCCCAAUUCUGGGCCUUACUGCAACCGCAACAAGCGAUGUUAUUGAUGAUGUGAAGAAUAUUCUUAGUAUUCCAGCUGCCGUCGUAUUUCGAGCCGGUUUCAAUCGUCCCAAUUUGCGUUAUGAGGUGAGGAAUAAGCCGAGCACUUCGGACGAUUUCCUGCAGCAAUUAAUAACCUUAAUAAAUAAACGUUUCCGUAGCCAAAGUGGUAUUAUUUAUUGUUAUUCUCGUAAAGAAUGUGAACAGCUCACCAAAUCUCUUCGAAUGAAUAAGAUCAAAGCUGCACAUUACCAUGCCUAUAUGGAGAGUGACCAACGAAGUCGCACGCACGAACGAUGGAUCAGUGGAGAGGUGAACGUCAUCGUAGCAACCGUUGCUUUCGGUCAUUUCUAUAGCAUGGGAAUCGAUAAAGCAGACGUUCGUUUUGUUAUUCAUCAUUCGAUGCCUAAGUCGAUGGAGAAUUAUUAUCAGGAGAGUGGUCGUGCUGGACGUGACGGCGAGAAGGCAGUAUGCGUAUUGUUUUAUCGACUAAACGAUUUGUUCCGGCAGAGUACGAUGGUUUGUACUGAGAAAACCGGAAUUAGGAAUCUGUAUUCGAUGCUCUCUUAUUGCAUACAAAGGAAAGAAUGUCGUCGGUCGUUGAUUGCUGAACAUUUCAAUGAACACUUCGACAGGUCAUUGUGCAAUGGAAUGUGUGACAUUUGUUGUACGGUCAGUGAUGUGGAUGUGGUGGAUAUUACUUCGUAUUGGCGUACCAUGUUGAGUAUUAUCGAAGAGCAGCUAGCAAUCGCGAAAAAUGAUUCAAGUGGGCGUAUAACGGGUUUGAAACUGACCGAACUAACUGCCAAGAGAGAGCGAUCGUUAACGAGGGAAUACCUCGAGAUUGUUCUGGCUCAUCUCCUCUCACUUGGAUACCUUCAAGAGGAUUUCCACUUCACUCCCUAUUCAAUCAUCAGUUAUGUGACAUCAGGUCCGAAAAGUGCUAUCCAUAAGAACGAUCACACUCACAAAAUUCUCGUCAACCUCCAGCAAUCAUCCUCCCAACAAAAUCGACCACCAAACCUCUCCACUCGCAAAAGAACUCAUAUCGAUUCAUCUGAUUCUAAUGAUGAGUCCGCCAAUGAUGAUGUUAUAUGUAUAUGA